AUGAGACGCCUCGACUGGAACCACAAGAUAAGAUGCAGGUCGACGCGGCAGAGCCAGUGCCAGCGCGAGUGCCAGAGCCAGUGCCAGCGCGAGUGCCAGAGCCAGUGCCAGCGCGAGUGCCAGAGCCACUGCCAGAGCCAGUGCAAGUGCCAGUGUCAGAGCCAGAACCAGAACCAGAACCAGAACCAGAACCAGAGGCAGAAUCUGCCAUCAUUAAGAAGGAGGCAGAGACGCCUAGGAUGCUUGAGGAAACCGGCGAUACGACCGCCGACGAGAGUGUUCCUACCAACACGGCGUGUGAAGCGAAAGAGGGCCGAAUCGCCGUCUGACGAUCGAGCAGACACGGCCGUACCCACCCCUACUGCGAAAUCUAGUGACACACUUCCGGCUGGAGCUGGGACGUCUAACAACAGCGCUCCUGUGCAAGCCUCCAAGUCCUUGCAAACCAUGACGCGGAACCAUGUGCGCUGGACACGAGACUUCCCCAAGAUUAGUGCUUCUGCCCUGGAACAAAUUACCAGUCACCGGCAUGCCAACAUGUUUGCCCACCCUAUCCGCGAACGCGAUGCCCCAGGCUACCACAACAUUGUCCGCGGCCCCAUGGAUUUGAAGUCCAUUAGGGCAGCUAUCACACAUGGCAACCGGGCGGCGAAACAAGCGGUUGCUAACCUGCCAAACGGAGAUCCUGGAACGAGCAUGGUUUGGCUGCGCAAGAGCGAAGACCUAGUGCCACCACGGGGUAUCAUCAAUAUCACUCAUCUGGAUCAGGCGCUGACCCAGAUGUUCUCCAACGCCAUCAUGUACAACCAAGAUCCGAACCGCGGUCCGGGCCCAUCGUUUUUAGAGGAAUUAGAGGAACCGACUGAUGAUGGUGCAGACGCAAGCACCACGGCCGCAUCUGGGGGUGGUGCGGCAUCUAGUGUGCUCGGCUACAAGGUAGACGAGAACGCAGUUGUCAACGACACCAUUGCCAUGCACCUCGAGGUCGAGAAGCUACUGGAAAAUAUUAGAGAGGCUGAGAAACAGCGCGCGGCGCCUCCACCUCCGCCUGUUGAUGACGAGGACGACAAAGGCCAUUAUGAUACCAACGGAGACACCAAGGCCGACCAUGCUGACGUUGAGACGGAUCGUGCCGAAAGGGAAGGUACCGAUGCGACUGAGGGUGAAACUCCCAGUGGCGCCAUCGCUUCCAACACGGGCACAACAAAGAGGCGAAGGAUAGCGCGUGGCUGA